ACCUCACAGAAAAGAACUAAAGGAAAGAAGGACGAGGAGGCCCAUAUCAUGAAGGGCUAAAGGCCCGUCAAAUUAGAUUUCUUUUUUUCGUUUUCGUUUUUGGGCGAAGACAAAACUCGAAGUUGGGUUUCUAGGGCAGGGAAGGAAAUGGAGGCCAGUGAAAGUGGCGGAGAUAGCGAGCGGAGACAGUGGUGGUGGUGGGCGUUGGCUAGCACUACUCAAUUAUUAUGGGGAAUUUCAUCCUAUCGUAAAGGAUACGCAGGUGACUCUCGCCUAAUGCCGUUUAAAGCCUUUGCGGUUGCCUCUCUCUUCGUCGGCUCCGCCGCCUCAGGCUCGUUCGCUGCACUUCAAGCCUCCGGCGUCCACAAGGUGGAGGACCUUGUGGUAAUAGGAACAAAUGUAAGGACUGGACUUGGGAUUCCUUCAAGAGCAAGAGAUGAAAAAAGCAAUUGAGGAAGGCGUCCAAAAUUACAGAGCUUUUAGUGUUUCACUUUGAAGAAGCGGGUGUUUUUAGUAUUUGAAUGAUCAAGUCAAGCAGCAUCAGCAAUAUCCCCUGAUUGUAGUUCAAUGUCAAAUCAUUCUUUGCUCUAUCCUGUAGAUACAAAUGACUUGCGACUUUAGAAUAUAAGAUUUUCCUUCUUUGCUUUUUCUCCCCAUAA